AAGUGGCAACCUGAGCAAGUGGCUGCAAGUGACUGCAAAACCAAAAAUCAAAAUGUACGGCAUUUGCUCCCUCUCUGGACUUUUCCACGGUGUAGACAUUGCCAUCUAAUAUCAUCCACUUAGCUGGACAUGCCAUGUACCUGGUGUGUUAAAGGGAUUCCCAACCAUUUGCACCUUUCUCAAGGUGCCUUCAAUGCCUUUGCUUUGCUGGGAGCCCUGCUCGUGCUGCUGGUGGCGCUAGCCUUUGGCCCAGCACCCUUGGACCUCCCCGACGAAGUGGCAGACCUCUGUGAAGCGGUCGCCUGGUUUCGGGACACCGAGCUGUCUUACACGGUGGCGAGCACCGACAACUUGGACCUUUGGGUCAAGGGUUGCCGGGCAGCCUUUCUGGAGAUGGAACCGGAGGCGCAAGAACUCCUGCGGGGCAUCCAGAAGAGUGGGCGCCAUCGAACCAAUGAAAUGCUACAGGAGCCAGGCAUUGAAGAGCGAACGCGAGGCUGGAAGAACAGCACACUCUAUGCUGUGGAUGCCGGCCUGCUGGAGGAAGCGCCUCCGCCACCCUUCGUGGAGAUUUCGGAGAUCCGGAAGGUGGGCGACGAGACCUGGACGCUGCUCUACGAGGCAGGCCGGCCGGUCUGGCGGCGAGCUGCUCCUGCCAAGUCUACCCCAGGUGCCCCUGGCCCUGAGGCGACUGGCGUGGACCCUGAGGGCUUUUGGAAGGCCUCGCGGGGCGGCAGCCGCUUCCUGCAAAUUACCGGCGAGCAGUGGGGCUCCCUGGCCUCCCUCCAGCUGGUUUUGGAUGAACCACCGGAGGCGCUCUACAACAAGUGGAUCAAGGAACGCAUGGAGUUCUACAAGCGGGUGGAGCCCUGUGCAGCCGCCAGGGACGAGCGCCUUGAGCUGGUGGGUAAGAUGAACCAGCGCAUGCGGUUCAGCACCAGCAACAAUCUUGGGUCUGUGUCGGAUGCCAUCUGGCAAGUCAUCCUUUGCAACGAGGAGAUGAGGGGCAUCCGGGCGAUCCAGCAGGUGGCCCAGAAGGUCACA